CGUUUUAAAAAGAAGAAGAAUGAACUCAGUUUAAAAAUUUAAACAGAACGUUGUGCAAAAAUUUAGUUUCGGAAACAAAAUUUGGUUUUUUACAUCUGAUCUGUGAAACAAGCAAAAUGGCAACGAGUGGAGUGCAGGUGCUUAAAUCCCAACUUUCAAGAUGCCGUAAAGUAAUAGCUCUAGGAUGUAGGGACACGAAUUACCGCAUUGAUUGGUUAAAUAAUUUUUGUGGUGAUUUUUACGAAUUCGCCAACCGUCUGCACAAGUAUAUCACGGACGAAGUUGACGAACUGGAAGGAAAUGAAAAUGUUGACACUACUUUUCUGUGUCUGACACAAGUCUGCUUGUGCACAAAAUAUUUGGAACGCGUUAUACGUGCAGAGGAAACAGCUUGCAAACCAAUUCUGUCUUCCCGUAAGCACUUCAUAGAUCGGAUUAUAUGGUGCUUGGAUAGAUUGGAAAUCGCCGUAAGUAAUUUGAGAGUAGCUGCCAUUUAUAAAACAUCCGAACAAGCGUUGUCGGGCUAUGGUUUUAUAGCCUUAUUAGAAAUGGCAAUGGAUCAAGUGAGUUCGUUCAGUACAUACCAAGAUGAUCCUGAGUUCGAUCCGCACUCACUGGACGAACUUAAAUAUGCACUUGAUUCCAGCAAUGAAAUACAUCGUGUGGUACGCUCGAUGGUCGCUCAUACACUUGCUUUGGCUAACGUGGCGUUUUUCGAGGAUAAAACAGCGCUGAGUGCAUUGUGCCAAAAGGCACUACGUGACAGUACUACAUUUCAGCAGGAAUGUUGUGUAAAUUUACAACAAGCACGAUCCAACCAAUGUAAUCGUAGGCUGAAGGCUAUCGCACUGGGAGAUUCGUUGAACCAAUUGCACCAGUACGUUGAUGAAACAAUUUUGCGUUUAAUUUUUAUUUGCUUCGCGGAUUUAGAAAAGUUUUCGUUAGAUAAACUACGCGCGAAGAUGCGACAAUGUGGUAGUGAUGAUGUUGAGCUAGAUGAGUUUAUAGCGGAUUUUGAUGUAAACUUGGAUCGAUUGGCGCAAAUAGGUCUCUUUGCUGCCAAUGAAUCGCCUACACCCAAAUUAAAGACAUUGGUGCGUAGUUGUAUGGCCUCCUUAGAGGCACUCGACGCAUGCAUUAUACCAUCAUUGCAAGCUAGCAAUGGUGCCGAUAUGCAUUCUGAAAUCUUAGAGCAGCACUUUUACGAAGAAAUGACCAAAUUGAAAUCUGUUAUUUAUGAAAUUAUAGAUGCACAGCCAAUCACCAGAAGCUUUUACGAAAUGCUUAACGCUUGCAUUGCUCAAACAGAGAAACAAUUCAACAAACCUAAACUAGAAGAUAUGGUGCAAAUGGGUGAAUUUCUACUGCAAUAUUUUCAGUAUCCCACAAACAAAAUAGAACUUCAACAAACAAAUUGUAAACGGCUAGAAUACUUUCAAAAAUUCACUAUGAUGUUGCACGAAUGCCGCGCAAUUUUGGUAUGCGCCGAUCAAGUGGACACUAGACGCAUAUUGAAACGUUUCAAGAUUUUGCGUGCUAUCAUGCGCAAGUUCGUAGAUGCGCUCGAGAAGACAUCAAAUCAAGCAAGAAAGAAAUCGGAGGAAAACCUUAAUAAGCUAACUGUGACCGAAACGCAAGCAAUCGAUUUAAAUGAGCCGCAGCUUAUACUCGAGACCAUAGAGCCAAGUGUUUGUAGCAUAUUGUAUCGCAAUGAAUCCGAAAUAUGCACCCCGCGUAGACGUGCUGUAAGCGACUCAAUGCGUGGCAAUUACUCAAAACUACUGAAUGAAGGUGAGGGAAAUCGAAGGUUGAAUACAGUGUCUGGCAGUGAUUGGCAACAGGCGCUGAAACAGAGGCACAGAGGCAGUAGUGUGCGUCGAAAUGAGAGUUUGCGCACAGUGAUGUUUAAGCGUCAAAAAUCUGCGGAAACACAGAAAGCGUGCGAUUUUUAUUUGCAUAAUUCGGCUAGUUUACAAAUCUCCGAAAUUAUUGAUCAGUUGAAGCAAGUAUCUGCGAAUGACUCAGGUGCAGCAGGGAAUAAUUGCUAAACGCAACUGGGAUUAAUUAAUUCGAGAUUGUUAAUGUAUAAUAUUCUGAUUAUUAGCAAGCAUGCAAUCUACUGUACGUCUAUCCAACUCUAAUUUAUACAAAUAGUGGGAAAUUUUCAUUAUUCAGUAAUUUUGUACUCAAUUUUUGC